GAGGUCCAAUUAUAGGAAAUAAGGUGCACAUGUGACUGCGUUGUUUUGUUUUUUUAAACGGGUUGGAGCGUUUUUGCACGGGGGAAGCGGGGUCUCUGCAUUCUGGGCUGCGCUGCUAUUGGUCGGUUUCUUGUCUGAAGCCCCGCCCCUCACGCGUCCAGCCUGUUCUGAGCGGAUUCUUAUAAGAGCCGGAGAGCAUCUCCAACCCAAACCUCCACCUGAUCCGAACCUGGAGACGCUGCCGUCAUCUGUGAGGGGAGGCGGGCUGCACUACUCCGAGACCACCCGGCCGCCGGCGGCUCCUCCUGGGCUGAGAUCUACUUUCUGGCCUCGUGAGAACUUUUGAACUCCAAACGAGAAUGCAGUUAGAGAACAUCCUUCCCAGCGCCAGCAUCAAUUUACCCAAAACCUUCUACAACCUGUCCUCGUCGGACAGCGCCAACAACAGCCCCAGGCCGUCCUCCCAGCUCGAUUACCAGGAGGUGGACCGGACGGAAUCCGAGUCCAGCAGCGCUCCGAAGAAGUACCUGAGCGGGGUGGGGAACGGGAUGCUGGGUGAGGCAGAGGGGGACUCUUUUACCAAGGCGGACGGGAGGAAAGGCUCUCCGGUUCUGGGGGAGGACGAGCUGGCGAGCGGCCGGCGCUACAACAUAGACGAACUUGGUUCUGACAGAUACUUCAUCUCGUCCUCCCAGGCGAGUUCCGACAUGGCGAACCCCUGUUCCCUCUUCCCCUACGCAGGACAGACGGGUUCGGUGUACAGCGGGACCAGCGGCUCCAGAUACCCAGCCUCGCUGCAUUAUGGAUCCGUCCUGCCACCCACCGGCUUCUCCGCUCCGUCCGUGUGCAGCGGCAGGAGCCAGUUCGGCAGCGGGGGGUACCAGUUCGGUCAGGGUCCGGGCUGUUUAUACCCGUCCUAUUCCGGGACAGGGACGGGAAUUGGGUCCAUGUCUCUGCCGGGAUCAGCGGCCGGAGCCCGGGCGCAGGUGUACCUGUGUAACCGGCCUCUGUGGCUGAAGUUUCACCGGCACCAGACCGAGAUGAUCAUCACCAAACAGGGCAGGCGGAUGUUUCCUUUCCUCAGUUUCAACAUCACCGGACUCAGCCUCACGGCCCAUUACAACGUGUUUGUGGAAAUAGUUCUGGCCGACCCGAACCACUGGCGCUUUCAGGGGGGGAAGUGGGUCACCUGUGGGAAAGCAGACAAUAAUAUGCAAGGUAACAAGGUGUACGUUCACCCUGAAUCUCCAAACACCGGUGCUCACUGGAUGAGACAAGAAAUCUCUUUCGGCAAACUAAAACUGACCAACAACAAAGGAGCGAACAACAACAACACACAGAUGAUCGUCCUGCAGUCUCUUCACAAAUACCAACCACGUUUGCACAUUGUGGAGGUAACGGAGGACGGAGUGGAGGACAUGAGCAACGAGGCCAGAACCCAAACCUUCACCUUCCCAGAGAACCAGUUCAUUGCCGUCACAGCUUACCAGAACACAGAUAUCACACAGCUGAAGAUCGAUCACAACCCUUUUGCAAAAGGCUUCCGAGAUAACUAUGACUCGAUGUACACCGCUCCGGAGAACGACAGGCUGACCCCGUCGCCGACCGACUCCCCUCGCUCCACCCAAAUCGUGCCCGGAGCUCGCUACGCCAUGCAGCCUUUCUUUCAGGACCAGUUUGUCAACAACCUGCCUCAGAACCGAUUCUACACCGGAGAGCGGGCCGUCCCCCAGACCAACAGCCUUCUCUCCCCGCAGAGCGAGGAUCCCAGCGCAGCUGCUUCCGCCCAGCGCUGGUUUGUCCCUCCGGUCCAGCAGCCGGGCUCCAACAAGCUCGACCUGUCGUAUGAAAAUGACUAUUCCACCAGUAGCCUGCUGUCGUACGGCAUCAAGCCUCUGUCCCUGCAGACGUCCCAUGCCCUCAGCUACUACCCAGACUCAGCCUUUGCCUCCAUGGCUGCAGGAUGGGGAACUAGAAGCUCUUAUCAGCGUAAAAUGACCACAGGCCUGCCCUGGUCCCCUCGCCCAAGCCCCCCAGCUUUCCCAGAGGACCAGCUGGGGGCCACUAAGGAAAAGCUGCCGGAGGAAAACACACAGCCCACCUCAACCUGGAUCGAGACGUCCCACUCGCUGAAAUCAGUGGACUCUAGCGACUCUGGCGUGUACUCCAUGGUGUGCAAGAGGCGCCGGAUGUCCCCCGGGGGCUCGAGCACGGAGAAUUCCCCGACCAUCAAGUGCGAGGACUUGACCACGGAGGAGUACAACAAGGACAACCCAAAAGGCAUGGGUUAUUAUGCAUUCUACACAAGCCCCUAGGACUGUAUUUAUUUAUUUAAGCUAAAUAUAUUGAUUUGGUUUGAUCAAUGAGUGCUCUCCAUUCCUUGUUAAUGUCUUUCUUCUCUUUUCUCUAAAGGUGCCAAAGCUUAGUGUUUCCCCAAGCAAGCUGCACAAGGUUAUUUUCCCAGGCCAGCCCCUCUCACAUGAGCAGAAACAUGCGUAGUGCUUGUCGUUUUUGGGAAAAUAAAAUAAAAAUAAGAAAAUCAAAAACGCAUGUUUCAUUCAGUCCAAUACAUUUUUACAAUUUUGGUUGUUUUUUUUCCUUCCCUUUUUUAAACAAAUGUGAUUAACCCCCCUUCUCUGCGUAUUUAAGUCAUUUUUUGUUGUACAGUAUUUGUGCACUUUAUAACGUGAUGUAUCUUGUACAAAUUGUCUUCAUGAAGGUGUUACUAAAUGGAUAAUAAAACGGCUUUUCGUUAAGCCUUGUUGAAA